AUGGCCCGCUUCACCGCCUUCGCCCUCUUCGCCUCCUUAUUGACGCUGCUUUUGGGCGCACACAGCGCAUCUGCCCUCUCCAAGGCAGAGGCAGGCAAGAUCGACUGGCACGUACCUCGUAUGGGCGUCCCUCAUACCUCCAACGACUCGGCCACCCCUUACCUCUCACCUCGAUUCCAUCGCAUCAUCAAGCCCGACGCCGACGUCAAGGACAAGGCACAGACCGCCAUCUUCAUCGCGACCGAGUCGAACGCCGUUGGCGCGCUCAACCCACGCAACGGCGCCAUCGUCUGGCGUCAGGUGCUUGCGGAACACGAUCAGGUCUUGCUUCAGAAACAGUUUGCCGAGUCGGCGCUCGUCAUUUCAGGCCAUGGCGGUGCCAACGUCCGACUCUUCCACGCCUUCACUGGCUUCCUCAUUUGGGAGUCAGCACAGCACAGCAUUCGUGAUGGGCUCCUUCCCGAGCCGGGCUUCCCUGCCACCGAUGCUGUCUUCCUCACCGAAAACGCCACGGCCGAGACGCCGCCCGACGUGGUCGUGCUCACCAAUGCCCACACCGUCCGCCGUCUGAAUGGCGCCUUUGGAGCAGAGGUGUGGAAGUGGGAGCCUCAGGACGACAUCUCGCACCGCUCUGUCAUUCGCAUCGUCGCCAACAAGGACAAGAUCUACGUCGUCUCGCUCCUGCGCAACACGGGCUCCGUGUACAACUCGAUUUCGGUCGCUACGCUCUCCGCCCACACCGGUGAGCUCCUCACCACGCACGAGAUUCCAUCGGGCCUCAGCUCUGCCGCCAAUGUCGUGAUCCUGCCCUGGAACCAGCUGCCCAACUUGCCGCCCACGGCCAAUCCUGGCUCCUGGGUUGCUUGGCUCAACAAGGACGGCUCGAUUCGAGCUGCUCCCCUCGACCCGCCCAGCAAGCGCUUCGCACAGCCCCAGGUCAUCUACUCGAAACGUUCCGACGCGACCUUCACCGGCUUGGUCGAUGCAGGCUUGUCCAACAGGGGCCUCUUUGUCGGUCAGCGCUCCGACGGUCUCGCUGAAGUGCUCAAGGUCUCGGCCGAUGCCAAGUUUACCAGCUUCUGGGAGUUUGAGGAGGAUGCCUUCGACGCUGUCUAUGCAGGCACCUACGACCGACAGGGCCGCGCCUAUCUCCAGCGCAUCUUCUUUUCGCGCGCGCAGCAUCUGCUCAACUUCCACUUUCUCUGGGUCGAUGCCAAGAACGGUGGCGACGGUCAGGUCAGCGGCUUCUCGUUCCAGUGGGACCACGACAUGCACGGCAGCGUCCUCGCUGCCACCUUCGAGGCAAGUCAAGUCGGUCAAUACCAGCUUGCUUCGCGAACGGUCGUGACCACGUCGAGCGGAUCCAUCCGUCUCCUGUUCGAGGAUCAGCACCAGUGGAUGCUGGAAGAGGGUCUCACGCAGACCACCCACGCCGUCUUCGUCGACCUCCCGGAGAAGAAACUCACUGCGAUCCCCGGCGGGGCUGCUACGCUGGACCACGAAGGUUUUGUCCAGCGUCUCGCUCGUCACGCACUAUCGCUCAAAGACUUGCCCCAGUACACGAUCGCGUUCGUCAAACGCUUCGCCACCGGCUCGUACGGUCAAGAGCUAGGUUCUGCCAGCACCAGCUCCACUCCUAGCGCCACUGCUACCUCUGCCGUAGCCACCACGAUGGUCAAGGAGGGCAAAAAGCCAGCCAAGCAAAAGCAGGAGCAAGAAAAGAAGCCGACGUCACUGGCCCCUCGCAUCGCCGACGCCAAUACCACCUCGACCCUCUUCCGCGAUCCCUUUGGCUUCCGCAAAGUCGUCGUGGUCGCCACCGCCAAGGGCAAGCUCUACGCCCUCGAUACGAUCGCAAAGGACACCGUGGUCUGGGAGAAGUCGCUGGUCGGAUACGGUGACGGCGAGGGAGAGGCAGAGCCCAAGGUCAACAUCAAGCUCAUGCAGACCGUACGCGAGCUUUCGACCGACGGCAAGACUCCGCUCUUGGCCAUCGUCGCCGAAGUCGAGCUGCAGCCUGGCCUCUACUCGACCCGUGUCUUUGAGCUCAACCCGCUCACGGGCGAAUUCUUGAACGACGCUUCGUCCGGUCAGAACAUCUUUGUGGGCCGAUGCCAGGAUGCGUUCCUGCUUCCUCCGUCCGUGGAAGACCCCGUCGAGCGAAAGCAGUCUCUCGGCCUCGUGGAUCAGCAGAACAACCUCUACCUCUACCCUGACACGCUCGCGGUAGCGGAACGAUUCGAUCCCAUCUCGGACCGCUACUACUUUGCGGUGCAGAAGCCGGCCGCUUCGGCGACGACGUCGGCGCGCUUCGUCGGAUACGCACUGGACAAGGGCGUGAGCAGCAUCCACAGGUCCAAACAGGUGUGGUCGUGGACGGUGCCUGCGGGUGAAGAGGUGGUCGAGGUGCUACAGGCUCCGAGCAAGGAUGCCAUCGCCUCGUAUGGACGCGUGCUGGGCGAUAGGUCGACGCUGUAUAAGUACCUGAACCCGCAUGCGUCGCUGAUUGUGACCAAGAGCCCGGGCGCCAACCAGGCGCACCUGUACCUGUUGGAUACAGUGACGGGCGGUGUGCUGUACGAGCUGCAGCUGGACGAGGUGGACCAAGCGCAGCCGAUCCGCGCGCACCUGGCAGAGAACUGGAUCACCGCCACCUACUCGGUGCGCAAUGCCGAUGAGGGUCUCUCGAGUCAUAUCGUCACUGUGGAGCUGUACGAGCCCAAGUCGACCCAUGACGACGAGCCUGUCAACGCCGGAAGCAAAGGCAAGAAGGCUGCCCGCGCAGCUCUCUCCUCCUCCUGGUCGCGUCUCACGGGCAACUUUAGCAGCUUCACGGGGGACAGCAGCAAAGCGCACCCGUCGUCCAUCCAGCCUAUCGCCUUUAUGCACACCUUCCUCUACUCCGGUGGCGCCGUCCACGCGCUCGCCACGACCACCACCAAGUAUGGCAUUGCGCUGAAGAACCUGCUCCUCGCGACGGACCGCGAAUCGCUCGUCUCGCUCCCGCGCAAGCUGCUCGAUCCCCGCCGCCCCACCUCCAAACCAACCAAGUCGGAAGCCGAGGAGUACAUGAUCCCCUACAACCCGCUCAUCCCGGAAGACGCAAAGUGGGUGAUCAACCAUGUCUACCCCGCUGCCAACAUCCGACACAUCACCACCGGCCCAGCGCUGCUCGAGUCCACCUCGACGGUCUACGCCUACGGCCUGGACAGCUUUGCCACCCGCAUCAGCCCCAGUGGCCAGUUCGACGUGCUGCAGGACAGCUUCAACAAGCCGCAGCUGUUGCUGACGCUCGCGAUCCUGUCGGUCGGCAUCGUCAUUACCCGUCCGAUGGUCAGAAAUAAGAACUUGAGUCUGCGAUGGUAA